AUUCGGUUGCAUGAUAAGAGAAAACAAGAAAGAAUCCUCAUUAUAGUAAAUUAAUGGCUAUACAUGCAUAAUUAUUCGGUAUCUCUCUUCAAUUAUCUUAUUAUAUAUACAUAUUAAAAGAUGUAUAUUAAAAGGAUAUAAAUUAUAAAAGCAAAUAAAACAGACAAUUAAAUUUACAGUUAAUCUUGUUGAUGUAUUCGUUUAAUUUGAAUAGCAUAUAUCCAUAUAUGCUGUUUGUUGUACGUAUCUAUAGCCAUAAAUAUAUUAUUACACAUCAGUUGCGUCAGCUUGGCGUGACGUCAUUUUAUAUAUCAGUAUUUACUUGUGAUAUACUCGGGUAUAUAUACUCCAAACUUUUACAUAUUCAAUUGUAAAAAUUUGUUUUAUUAAUUUCUACAAAGAAAUUUUUUCAAGAAAUUUAAGUCAAGAAAUCAACUGUGUUAGCAUAAUGAAUCACGGAGAAAUUGUCGAUUUUACAUCGCUUGAUUCAGACAGUCAAGAGUUAAUAAAACAAAGUGCAAUUGUACGAGAAUACUCAUAUGCACCUUAUAGCAACUUUAAAGUGGGUUCUGCAAUACUUUGUACCGAUGGGACAAUCAUUAAAGGAUGUAAUGUGGAAAAUUUAUCAUAUCCUGUUGGAAUAUGUGCAGAAAGAACAGCUAUCGCAAAAGCAAUAUCGGAAGGGAAAAGAAAGUUUAAAAUAUUAGCGGUAGUAGCAGAUCAAGAAAAUAAAUUUACCACACCUUGUGGCAUGUGUCGACAAGCUAUUGCUGAGUUUGGUAAUGUAACUAUUUAUUGUGCAAAGUCUGAUAUGAAAGAUGUAUUACGGACUACAUUAAACGAUUUACUUCCCUUUGCAUUCAGUCCAGAUGUGAAAAAUUAAAUAUUUUGUUAUCUUAUAACAUAACUCUGUGACAUAAUUAAGAUAAAAAUAAGAACAUAAAAAUGGGGUCCUAUAAUAACUAAUGAAAUUAUAUACAUGGAUAUUACUUAA